CUAAAGUCUAGGAAUACUUACUAGGUGAUGUGGUAGUGGGCCUAAAUUAUAGAGAUUGGUAGUUAUUUGUCUUUUAUAAAUAUUGAGCCUCAUUAUUUGUAAAAGUUAUUGAGAAACUAAUUCAAUACUAUUGGAGAUUCUCCUUGGGCCAAAUGGCGGUUGGCUUCAGGGGUGUUGGUGAUCCGAAGAUUUCACCCAGGAUGAAAGGUAAGUUCUACCGAUCCGUAGUCAGACCUGCUAUGUUAUAUGGGGCAGAGUGUUGGGCAGUUAAGAAGACUCAUGUGCGUCGUCGGCAUGCGGCGGAGAUGCGGAUGUUACGAUGGAUGUGUGGGAAGACAAGGUUGGAUAGGAUUUUGAACGGAGUUAUCCGACGUCAGGUAGACAUGGAGCCGGUGGAAGAUAAGUUGCGGGAAGCAAGGUUGAGAUGGUUUGGUUAUGUGAGACGACGGGAUGCUGACGCCCCUGUACGGAGAUGCGAGGGGAUUAUGGUUAUCGGGGGAAGUAGGGGAAGGGGUAGAGCUAGGAAGAUUUGGAAGGAGGUUGAGCCGGGGUCUCUUGGAAACAGCCUCCCUACUUCCGAGUAGGGGCAAGGUCUGCAUACACACACCCUCCCCAGACCCUACUGUAGUGGGAUUCAACUGGGUUGUUGCUGCUCAUAUAUUGAUUAAGAUUUUAGUUUUAUUAUUUUAUGAAGUUAAAUGCUGAUGGAAAUAAUACUUGACUAGAUUU